AUGGUAAAUCACUCGCAGCACCACAGAUCAAACACCAGCCUCAUAUCACAUUUGCUAAUACUACUUAUCGUCAUAACAAUCAUCAUUGAAAUGUGUUUAUAUAACAAACUUUUUAAAAACCAAAGAUCCGAAGAUAUAAAGGACAGCUUUCAAAACGACGGACACCAAGUGCCCAAUAUGGCUCAAAACCAGAAUCCUAGUGGUGAUAGCGAUGGCUAUGUAUCGGGUGUCUAUUAUUCAAACUGGUCACCAUACAAGCCAAGAUUCCAUUUCCCUCACGACAUUAACCUAAAGCAAGUGUCGCACGUAUAUUAUGCCUUUUUCAAGAUAGAUCCCAAAACUGGCUGCAUAGGAAGCACAGAUAGUUGGUCUGAUUUGGACAUGAACCUAUAUAAACCGUUGGCGAUCAAAGCUUCGCAAUUGGUUGAUGAUAAUCUGAAUGACAACAAUAUGCAGAAUAUUUUGCCUUUAGGCUGUAUAGGCGAACUGUUUUAUCUGAAAAAUGCUUGUUCUGGCAGGAAGUUCAAGAGUAUUAUGUCUAUCGGAGGCUGGUCGGAUAGUGAAAACUUCAAAACCAUAGUCAAAAAUGAAAAACUGCUACAAAGUUUCGUUGACUCAUCAGUGGAAACGAUGUUUAAGUUAGGGUUCGAUGGUAUUGAUAUAGAUUGGGAGUUUCCUGAAAACAAUAAAAUAGAACCCCAAGGCUAUUUAAAGUUGGUUAAAAUGUUGCGAUCGAAAUUAAAUAAUCUAGAAUCUGAAAUUUUCGGCGAGAGCCCUAAGGAUCACUUCCAAUUAUCCAUCGCAGCACCUGCAUUCAAAGAUAAACUGUUUUUUCUGCCAAUUGCAGAAAUUGAUCAAUAUAUCGACUAUUGGAAUAUGAUGACGUACGAUUAUUACGGUUCAUGGUCUGAAACAACCGGAUAUCACAGCAAUUUAUUUAGUGAGACAGAAUUAAGUGGAAACUUUGCCAUACACUAUAUGAUUGGUAAAUUUGGUGUCAAUCCCAGAAAAUUGGUGUUGGGAAUGGCAGCUUAUGGUAGGAGUUUCCAUAUUAAGGAUAACAAAUUCCAACCUUUUACUAAAAAUACUGUUUUAAUCAAUCAACAAUUUAAAGGGGUAGGGAAGCCUGGUAAAGAAAUAGAUAAAGCAGAUGGCAAAGAAGGUAUAUGGCCCUACAAAAAUUUGCCAAAGAAAGGCACUACAGAACAAUAUGACCCUAAAUACGUUUCAGCAUAUUGUUUUGAUGAAAAAAACUCGAUAUUUAUUGGUUAUGAUAAUACUGAAUCAGUCAAAACUAAGGCAGACUACGUGAUGCAUACUAAGUUAGGUGGGGGAUUUUGGUGGGAAUCAUGUGGUGAGGAUUAUGCAGAUAAAGCAAGGUCGUUAACCAACGCGUUCAAUGAAGCCCUUCACUUUAACGUGUCAUCGAAACCGUCCAUGUUCCAAGACAAAAGAGUUAUGAAAUACUACUUAAGUAAGUAUGGCGAUGGCGGAUUUUUAGCUCCAUAUCUAAAGCAUUUGGAAUCACUCAAAUAG